AUGUCCGUAUUGGGUCUGUUAACCGGGAUAUACUAUAAUGUAGUUGUGGCAUGGUGUCUUCGUUACAUUUUCGAUGUGAUAACUUUGCAGUCAUCAAAAUGGACGUCGUGCGAUAACUACUGGAACAGCAGGAACUGUCAGAGUGCCACGGAAUCGGUUGCCAACGCUGAAGAUAAUGCCCCGACCUUUGCAGCUCAAGAAUUUUUCAGGUAC